CAUCCUCUUUACCCCGCCUAGCUCCUUCAUUCCCUCAGUGCUGGGAAGAUGGCGGCUGGUUCGGGGGCUCCAAGCGGCCAAGGAGCCCGCAGCUCCACCUCUGCUCUGGAAGCAUCGUUGGACCGUCGCUUUGAAGGAAUAUCCAACACUAUGGAGGCAAUACAGGGACUCUCAACCUGGUGCAUUGAAAACAAGAAACACCACGGACUCAUCGUUCGCUACUGGAUGAAGUGGCUUAAGAAAUCUGACAACAAUCGCCGUUUGAAUCUUUUCUUCCUUGCCAACGAUGUGAUACAAAACUGCAAAAGGAAAAACGCCAUCGUGUUUCGUUCAUCCUUCUCCGACGUCCUCCCUAAUGCCGCUCAGCUCAUCAAAGAUGGGAAAGUUCGCCGGUCUGUGGAGAGGAUCUUCACCAUUUGGGAGCAGAGGAGCGUCUAUCCUGAGGAGUUGAUCGCCCAGCUCAAAGCCAACCUGAACAAAAAGGAGAAGGAGCGAGAGAAGCAGAAAGAGAAAGAAAAGGCGAAAGCAAAGGAGACUUCUACAGCAAUCGCUCCCUCCAGCACCAAAGCAGCCCUGAAGUCCAAGAUAGUUGCUGAGUUCACCCCCCACUCUCUCAUCGAGCAGCUGUCCAGGUAUAAACGAGCUGUUGCUGAGGAGGAGUUCAGGCAGAAGCAGGUGGCGUCCCUCAGGCUGGACGUCUGCAACACCGAGGCUUUCAAGAGGCUUAAAGACAAGGCAGGAGGGAACAAAUUUGCCAAAGACUUUGAGGACGGCACCGGGAAGCUGCAAGAGUUCGUCAGCUUCCUGGAGAAGGAGCUGAAAACUGGGCCGGCUUUGCUGGAAGCUCUGGGAAACGCAGACAUUUUCUACGAGACGCAGUACAAGGAAGUGAAAAUCGUGGCUAACGCAUACAACGCCUUUGCCAACCGGGUGACCAAUCUCAAAAGGAAACUGGACUCUCUUAAAGCAACUCUACCUGGAGCUGAGGACUCCCCCAUCCCCUCUCCGUCUGAAGAUGCUCCGUCACCCACCGGAUCGGAGUCGCCCUUUCUGGAAGUAGGUGUUAGCAGGGCUCAGGUGGAUCCAGAGCUGGAUGGAAAGGCCAUGGAUGAUGGCGAUAUACAAAUUGACAACAGGGACAUGGAGGACAUGGACAUGUCUGAUGAGGAGGCAACCGCAGCCGCAGUGGAAGAUGAUAAAAAAGACUCGGCAGUUUCCAAAACAUCAAAGCCAGACACGACAUCAAAACCUCCAAGCACACCCACAAAAGUCUCCAAAGCCAUCGAUUCACCUGUGGCUGCAGUUACUACGGCAACCCCAGCGACACCCACAUCCGCUAAAGCCACGAAUGCCCCAGUCACCCCCCUGGGAGUCAAUCUGGCCAAGGUGGACCUGGGAAAGAUCAGCUCUAUUCUCAGCUCACUCACAUCUGCCAUGAAGACAGCCAGUCCAUCGCCGCGACCGUCCCCUGGGACACCCACAACCCCCACCGGCCAAUCAGCAGCCACCAAAGCAACGCCACCAAGUCCCGCUUUGGCCAGCAUCCUGUCACGUGUGGACAUCACCCCCGAAGGGAUCCUCAAUGCUCUGUCUAAGUCCAACACGCCAGCGUUGUCCUCUCUGCUGCAAAGUGUGACCAACACCGCCUCUGCUACCUCCGCCCGAACCUCUCCAGAAUCCUCAAGCAUCAAAACCCCAGUUACCCCGACCACCCCUAAGCCCAAAACCCCUCUAGGUAACAGCCUCAAAAAGGACACAGCUGCAAAAACCAGAGACUGGGAGAAGGACAGACAGCUGUCCCCUCCUCCGCCACCUCCUCGUCCUACUGCUCCUUCCGUCUCUCCCCCGAGUUUGGAAUCAAAAAUCAACAGUUUCUUGCAGGGCAACCCAGGUUUUAGCCUCGCCCUCGGCGACGACAGUCCUGACGGGGUGGACGGGACCCCGGUAAGAGACGAAGCGGCCGGCACGCCAACGCAGGACGAGAUCAUGGACACGCCCGCAGCAUCUGGAGGUCACAACCUUUCACCCACGGCCUACUGCAACGAACCCUGGGAUGCUGCAGUCGCUCCGUCGGGACGCAGCAACAGUGGAGACGGUCCCAACUCCUCUAGGUACGGAUCUGCUAAAAAGAGCAGCUCACACUCGCAGGGUGAAGGGGUGAUGGGUAAGAAGGAUGAGCAGCAUGGCCAGCCAAGGAUUAUGGGAAACAGCCGAGCAGCGGGAGAGAGGAGGCUCUCUGCCGGCUCUCGUAAGGCGAGCACCAGCUCUGAAGAUGGAGGUGUGAGUGGGAGGAAGGAGCAGGAUGAGAGGGGGCUUCCGGAAAAAGACACGAAGGAGGGCCAGUACCACCGGAUCGAGACUCUGGUGUCACACCACGCUGAAGCAGCGCCCGCCCAGACUCGGGGGUUUUCCAGCAGCCCACUGGCUGGAGAGCGCAUCAAGACGGUAGAGAGCAUCCGCGUGAUUGGUCGAGGCUCUCGAAGAGGGGGAGGGGCUGGCAGUCGGCCUGGUGCUGCUAUGUGGUAUGAAGAGGAGGAGUACCUCAAAGCUCCGCCUCCUCCAUCUCACGUUGGACCGCCUCUUAAUAUGGUCCAGGGAGGUGCAGAGGACAGGCUUUCCUCCAUGCCUCCUCUUCCACUUCCUCCUCCGCCUCCUCCCCCGCCACACCUCCUUCUCCCACAUCUUCACCCUCCUCCCUCGCUUCCCCUCCCACACCUCCCUCAGACCGCGUUUCAAAUGCCUUACCACCCUGAGAACAUCCAGACUCCUCCAUCACACCUCCUCCACCCUCCUCCUCCCACACCCCCGUUCUUCGGCCCUCCCCUUUCGAUCCCUCCACCCCCUCCACCCUCCUCGCUGCAGCGCCUUUCACCCCCGCCCACUCACCCCGCCGUGCCCUCUGCAGUUAUGGUCGGGGGACUGUUGGUCCCCGUCGACCCCGGCCGGUCUCAUCCUCUCCCCAUGAAGCCUGACUGUGCGGAGCGUGGCAGGAUGGGACCCACAGGAAGAAAAAUCACCCCCCCGCCACUCAUGCCGUCGCUACUGGGCGAGCCCCCCCGGCUCCCUCGCCCCGGCACAGUUAAAGAGUCUUUUGUCCCUCGUCACACCCCGCCCCUCCACCGCCCAGGCGCCCCAGGUGUCCCUCCACCUCUACUGGGCAGAGUGAAGGAGCCUUUGAUUCCAUCUCUCCCCUCUCCCACGUCCUCCCCCACCACUCCUAAUUCCCCCGCCGGUGACUCCGCCCCUUCCAAACCUCCCGGCAGUCCUCCACCUCAGUCCCACCCCGUCCCUCUCCUCACCCUCCCCAGCCCUCGACCCCCAAUCCUCUCAACUCCCGUCCCACAGAGACCCCCGCUGCGGGGCCGCAGCCCGUCUCAAGAUCUGCCCCGGGGCGGGGGCUUCCGCAGAGGGAAGCGCCCCGGUCCUCCUUUCGUAGGCGGUCCUUUCCAGAAGAGGCCUUUCCUCCCGCCGCGCUACUGAAGCUGAAUGAGAAGUUCAAGCACACAUCUAACAGUGCAGUGUGUGUUAGCCCUGCUGGUAUGAGCCCUGUUGUGUGUAAAUAUCCAACUUUAACCUGCAGCUUGGUAGCCAGAGUCGCCUUACACUGUAAGAGCUGAUCGUCAGGCAGAGUGUUGUGUAACCGACUUAUCCACACACAUUAGCUGUCAUUAGCAAAAGCAGCAUGAGAAUAAAAACCAGACAGUUGAAGCAGAGGUGAAAUGUUUCCUUUAGACGUUUUCUGUCUGUGAUUCUGGGAAACGUUAAAUGAAAUGUGCAGAAAAAGGCGAAGAUCGCCCGCGACGACGCUAACGAGAGCAGCUAGGUGCUGUAGAAACAUUAGCUUUCAUGCUAAGGCUAGCACGUAGAAAAUGUUAGCGCUUUUAACGGAGGCUCACAUGAAUAUAAACGAAAAGUUCGGGCCGCUCUUCAUCCAUCCACCCCAGAGGCUAGCCUGCGCCCAGCCACAUCACUUAUCUUCUGUUCAUCUCAUCACAAAAACCACGUUUCUCAUAAUGUCGAACCUGUUUUUCACCGUUUAUUAACCGACGCGAUGGGAGAAGUUUCCUCUUUCGUGACUAAAUGGACGUUUGCUGUGCAUCUCUCCUCUAAAGUGCUCAGAUUUGCUGUUUCAGGUCAUUUCAGAAAACUUGGCUGUAAAUAUUCUCCUGCUGCUCUACCUUUUUCCUCUCCUCUCCACCCCUCUGUCCAUCUCUACGCUUGUAAAUAUAAAAAGUGAUGCCACUCUUCUCCUUUAAGCUUUUUAACUUGUGUAAAUAAGAUGAACGACGUGUCCCGCCCUGGAAGAGAGUUUAUUUUUUGUUCCUGCAGUGUCCGCCGCACCUUUCUGCCCUUCUGAACGCAUCUCUCAGAAGAGGAGGGUGAAGAGUUUCCUCUCGGUGACGUGACUAUUUUUGGAUGCAUUGGUUAGUUUUGUAUUAGAUGGUGAAAUGGGGAGAAACGUUAUGUUUGAACCACACUUUUCAACCUGUUGUGACUUGAAUAAAAUGCAGAGUUUCAAUUAAACUGGAGGAAGAGGAGGCGGUAUUUAUGCUCAUUUGGAUUUCACCCUUUUGAUUUAUUUGCCUCUGCUGGGCUGCAUUUUGUGCCCGUUUUUAGAGACCUGCGGCCAUUUUAACGUUGCAUCAUCAUUCUGUGCCCCCCCUCCCCGGCCGGAUAAAUUUGGGAUAGUUUUAUUUUAAAACAGAUGUGUUAAAGUUUUGGUUCCCUUCUUCCGGUUUGUUUUUCCGCUGCUCCUCCUCUCCAGGAAAGGUUUCUGCACCCUUCAGGUUCAGAUGUCCUCUUUUAUCAGGUGCAGACUGAAACUAGCCGCUAAUCCGUUUUUAAAUCUUCCUUUCAUGUUAAAGUGAGAUCCACCACACGUCUGCAUAUUCAGCGAUGAGCGCAUUCACGCGUUAACCGGCUUCCCCUCAAGUACUCGCAGUUAACGCGCACAUCUGAGCCGCAGCACGCUCACCUUUAAGGUUUUGGUUUUGUAAAGAACAGUUUUUUCUUUCUUUGUUGACCUUCAGUUUGAUGAUUUUGAGUGAAAAAUGUGUGAAGAUGUAACUAAGCUGUAUAUAUUUGAUUUGCUGUUCUCAUCAAUGAUGCUAUAUCACUGCU